CACCCAGAUAAACAAGUACACCCAGCGGUAAUUCCUACUUUCGCUUUCAAUAUUCAUUGAUCAAGACAAGGAAAUACACAAGGGUGAAGUGAAACUUGUAAAACUACCAUUUUUAAUUGCAAAAAUUGUUUUAUUUUGAUAAACGGUAGUGCUAGAGUCAGAAGUCAAAAACUGUUGUGCUAAAACGAUAAAAUAUGUACGGAGUGGCAUAUGAUGCGGAACUGAGUGAUUCAGAUAGUGAUGACUCCUACACAGGACCAGAUUACACGGUGGUUACAGUUAACGGUCAAAGACGCUUUAUACCGGCUCAAGAUGGAACUACAGUAGUAAAUAUCCCAGGUAUGCGUAACUUGCAGAUCGGAAGCGGACAGGUAAAUGUAAUAAAUAGCCGGACACACCGUUCGCCUCGCAGGAGGCGAUCGCCUAAAAGAAACCAAGAAAGAGAUUCGUCAGGACCUAGCCACAAGCACCACUCCUCGAAACUGACAGAGUCAACAUCCAAGCCGUCAAGGCCAGAUCUAAACCAUGUGUGUAAUAACAUUGGAAAACACUGGAAGGCACUUGCAAGACAUUUUGGCCUUACUAGAGGUCAGAUCGAAUCAAUUGAGGUUGAUUAUCAUAUUGAGGGAAAUUAUGAAAUGGCCUAUCAGACGUUGUUGAAAUGGAAAAGACAAAAUGGUGAUCAAGUGACGAUUCGGGAUCUUGCGCAUGCUCUUGAUUCGAUCGGAAUGUCAGAACUGGCACGUGAACUUCCUGUCAGUUAGACAAUUAUAUAUGGUCUAUGUUUAUAUGAUAUUCAGUUGGUGGGAUAAUGAAUUUAUCUGUGAUGUAUGUAAGAAAGCAUGUGCAUGUGUGUGACAUGCCAUGUAAAGCAUUCUGGCAAAGUUGCAAAAUUGCCAUAAGUUCUGAUUUUUUUAUACGGAGAAUACCACUUGGUGCAAAACUUACAUCAUUUGCAUAACUCAAAACAUACACACACUGCAGUCACAUGAUCAGAAAAAGUUAGUGUUGUAUUCCACAUAGUAGUGCGCCACAGCUUCUGCUAAUAUUUCCAUUUUAUGACGUAACCCCAUUUGAUGAUUUUCAUAGAAUAUAAUCACUUUAUUCUUAAAUAUAUCAGAACCUCAGUUUAUCGCGGAACUGAAAAUUAUUACAUGCAAUCUCAGAAUUUACCCUACUGUCGUACAUAUGAAUAGAAUAAGCGGAGACAGUCACUAUAUGAAUAUUCAUUACUA